AUGUUCGGCCAGCUAAUCGACUACUGGUAUUACACGAAUGAUUCGACAUGGAAUGAUCUGAUUAGAGACGGAAUCUUGCAUCAGAUCGGAGACGCGAAGAACUUUAUGCCCUCAAACCAAUCGAAAGACGAAGGCAAUGACGACCAGCUCUUCUGGGCCUUCACCGUCAUGUCCGCCGCUGAAUAUAAUUUCGACCCUCCUCCGGACGACCAGCCCGGAUGGCUCGCCCUCGCCCAGUCCGUGUUCAACCAGCUCGUUAGUCGCUGGAAUACCGAGUUCUGCGGCGGUGGAUUGCGCUGGCAGAUCUACCAGUGGCUCCCCGGCUGGAACUAUAAGAAUCUUGCGUCGAACGGUGGAAUGUUCCAGUUAGGCGCGAGGCUGGCGCUGUACACAGGCAAUGACUCGUAUGCCAAACACGCCGAAGAUGCUUUCAAUUGGAUGAUAAGCACGCCUUUGAUCACAGAUGACUGGCAGAUUUACGACGGAAUGGACGUGCUGAAAAACUGCACCGAAGCGGACAGGAGCCAAUGGACGUAUAACUAUGGCAUCAUCAUUGGCGGCGCUGCCUAUAUGUACAACUACACCAACGGCAGCCAAAUCUGGGCAGACCGACUCCAAGGCUUUAUAAAUCACACAAGCGUAUUCUUCCCCAAAGACAAAGGCGGCGUUAUGGUCGAGCUCUGCGAGGCACCACAGAACUGCAACAUCGACAUGGUCUCGUUCAAAGCGUACCUCGCCCGCUGGCUGGCCGUAUCCGCUCAGCUCGCCCCCUUCACCGCCCCGCAAAUCCUUCCCUUGCUCCAAACAUCCGCUAAAGCCGCCGCUCGCACCUGUACCGGCGCAUCUACGACCUCGGGUGGGCCCUAUCUGUGCGGCAAUCGCUGGUACUUUGAUUCUUAUGAUGGAAAGGGCGGCGUGGGGCAGCAGUUGAGCGCGCUGAGCGUCAUAGCUGCUAAUUUAAUCGAAGAGGUGAAGCCACCGUAUAGUUCAAGGACGGGUGGGUCCAGCAAGGGAGACCCUGGACUGGGUUCAGGCGGCGAUGAUGAAUUGCCUAUUUAUGGCGAGAACGCUGUUACGACGGCGGGCAAGGCGGGCGCGGGGAUUAUUACGGCGUUGGUGCUUGGGGGUACGCUGGGAGGGGCGUGGUGGAUGAUUACAGAUUGA